AUGCAUGAAGUCUCUGUUAUUUUCCCCUUGUCAAUAUCUGGUAAUGGUUAUGGAAAUUAUCCAUCAACUCAAUCGCUAGAUAAAGCAUCUGAUAAUAAUAUAACUACAAAAUAUUUAAAUUUUGGAUCAUAUUUAUACCUAAACACUUUUGAUAUUUGUGGUUUGAAUACUGGUUUUUAUGUGACACUUAAACGAGGUGUAUCAUUAGCCAUAGGUCUACAAAUCUGUACAGCUGAUGAUAUAUCAGCACGUGAUCCAAUUAUAGUGACAUUAGAAGGAAGUAAUUUUAAUAAUACAGAUCUUACUUAUGGUAUUAACUGGAAUUUAAUCUAUAAUGGAAAUAGUGGACUCACUAAUGAUCCAGGAAGACUCACAUGUGGUCAAACACAAUUCUUUUGUAAUUCAAAACAAUAUAUGAGCUAUCGAUAUCUUGUUACUCGUAAACGUGCUCUCGCAAAUUCUGUUCAAUAUUCUGAAGUACGAUUAUUAGGAUUUAAUUUUUAA